GCAAAAAUCUUCAUGUUCACUUCACAUUGCUAGAAAUAACUUUACGCGGCUCGAAUAAUCUCUCUCACUCUCUCUCACGCACGAUGGCCGCGACAACCGCACCAGAAGUCGAAAUGAAUAAAUUUCCAUCAGAUUCUAAUCCAACUGAACAACAACCGCCACCGUCUUCCGCCGACGGAGACGACGAAUCGAAGGUGAAGCCGAUCACGGAGGCUGUGAAAGCUGAUGAUGUUGACGCCGGCACAGCGUCUACUGAUGUUCAGAAGAAGGUGAAGAGAGCCGAGCGCUUUGGAAUGCCUGUCCAGCUCUCUGAAGAAGAGAAGCGCAAUUCUCGUGCUGAGAGGUUUGGCACUGGUACUGCCUCGCAGGGAUCAGAUUUGUCAAAGCAAUCAGAGGAUCUGAAAAGGAAAGCUAGAGCUGAGAGGUUCGGGAUUGCACAGUCUGCACCUGCUGACGAGGAAGCAAAGAAGAAGGCUAGAGGUGCUAGGUUUGGAUCUGUUACCAAGACUGAUUCAGCAGAGGAAGAGAAAAAGAAAGCAAGAGAAUUAAGGUUUUCACAACCACAAUCUGGUUCCCUGUCAAAAGCAAAAAUAGAAGGAAACAAUGAGAAGACAGCUAUUGCAAGCAAGGCUGGUGAAGGAACCUGAAUAACUGUUGUCUUUAUUCAACAGUAAGAUAUGCUUAUAGGUUGUAUUAGUAACAUCUUGUUUUCUCCCAGUAGCUUUUACGUACAAUUCUCUGACAUGGAUUCUGUGCAUUUACACCCUUUUAGCUCACCUCCAUUGACGUAGAUCAUGGUAUUUCUAUUUUUCUAGUUUUUGGUUCAGUUAUGGUUUACCUGGUGAGGCCUGGCACAAUUACACUGUUUGUGUUACAUUAUAUCUGAAAUGACAUAACGACCAUAUCAAAAAUACUUAAUACAAGGAUUGGAAAAAAUUAACAACUUGCAGAGUCGUGUGUGUGUGAUAAUUUUUACCACUUAGCCCAUCUUUCUUUCAUUCUUGGUUUCUCUUUUUCCUUUUUGUGGAACUUAGUUUUGUGACUUCUUCGACAAAAAACACACACACAUAUUUCCCCCUCUUGUGAUUGGUUUAAUGUGAGCAUCUCUGUUUUGCACUUUCAUGCUGCAUGCAUUAGUCCAGAAUAACUUACUGAAGUUUAUCAAUGUCAACCUGUGGUCCACUCCAAUUUGAGAUUGAAAAUCAGCAAUAGCACUCCUAAAACUCGACCAGAUCAUUCUUGCAUAUUUUAAGAUAUCAGAAUGUUGCUUCUUCUUUCAUUUUUUCCCCCCCAAAUCAGAAUGUUAAGAUUUUAUAGGUUUUAUUGAAUAGCAAAGCUUUGCUGAUAUCUCAUCUUUUAAUAUAUUUGCAUUUUUAUGUUCUAUUCAUUUAUGUUUAUGUUUGACUAUUCAGAAAAUGGGUUUUAAAAUCAGAAGUUCCAAAUUUUCACAAAAAUUUUGUUCGCUUGCUCUAGAACCAGGAGAAGAAUUAAGUAUAUGUGCUAAAUGAUUUCCAUCGUCAUGUUGCAUUUCAGGGGCAGCAUUAUCUUAAAUAAGAAUACUUUCUUGCAUGAUUUCUGUGCCAUUUAUGUAUUAAGAAUUGGCAUGUCUGCACUCGUAAAAUCUUCAUGGAUUGCUUGGUUGGAGUCUGUUUGAAAGUUCAGUUUUUAAAUUUAGUUUAGGAGUUCAGUAGUUUAAAAUUUCAGAAUUUCUGAUAUGGUUGGUCAUUUGGGAUUUAUGAACACAAGGGAGUUUUUUGGCAAUCAGUUAUGGUCUCAUCGGGUGAACGUUGUAGGGUUGUCGAAUGUGCAGAAAUCAGUGGAGGAGGUUCUUUGACUCCAGUUUUUUCUUUUAAUAAUCUUGUAGGGGAGAAAAUACCUUUUUAUUUAUUAUUAUUAUUAUUAUUUUUCGUGUCAUUUAUGUAAAGACGAGUGUAUUAGUGAACCUUUUAGUUAUGAACGUCUCUGUGUUUCUAUGGUAUGAUAUAAUUGAAAUGUC